ACUGAGAUAAGCAAUCUAAUCUUCAAACCCAUUGCUCGCUUUUUUCUCCAUCUCUCAUCCAUUUUUCUGGAAGGAAUACCAAACAACAAUGGCGCUCACUCUCUCAAACACCUUCCUCCAAAAAAAUGUCGCUCCUCCAGCAUUCUCCCUCAAGAAAGUGGGAAUUGGGAGCGAUCAGAUGCGGGUGAGCUGCAGGAAGAAGGACAUACACCCUCAGUUCUACGAUGAUGCUAAGGUUUACUGUAAUGGAGAGCACGUGAUGACUACAGGUGGCACGAAGAAGGAGUACACAGUUGAUGUUUGGUCAGGUAAUCACCCAUUUUACCAAGGUAGUCGUUCAGCACUUCUUCUUGAUGCUGACCAAGUAGAAAAAUUCAGGAAGAAGUUUAGUGGGUUAUCACAGAUUAUGACAAUUCCUACUCUCAAAGGAGAGAUUAUUCUUCCACCUAAGAAGAAGAAAGCUACCAAGAAGAAGUAGAGACUAUUGUGUUUUAUAUUGUAUUUUCCCUUACUUCGUUGAUAAAUGGGGAGAUUAACUGAAAUUAUUAGGGGUUGUUUGUGUAUUUGUGUUUGUUUCGAUGGAUUGAACUGUGAACUCGUUCUAUGAAUUGAAAUGAAUUAUAAAACUUGAGUCUUUGUUCUUCAA